GGUUGUGUGUCCUAGAAGAGUUAGGAGCUUCUCUUUCGCGGUUUCCUGUGACUCAAACAGCACCACGUCCCCUCGUCAGCAGAUAGUGCAAUCGGCCAUAUAGCAGGCGCAGCGGUACCGGAAACGCGCGCAUCGAAGCAAACACAGAUUUUCACUUUUCCAUCACAGCGGUUCUCGGGCAUCGGACGGUGCGUGCGACUAAGCGUGUGCGUUCCAAAGCGUGCGGGUGCGGUGCAAUUUGCGGACGAGAGCGCGUGUGUCCUCAGCGUGUCGCGCUGUGACGGUCUUUAUUGUCCUUCGGUCCCGGUGUGCAGGAAUUUCCGGUGCCAAGCCCCCUCCUCCCAGCGGGUUUCUGUGUUUCGUGUCCGCGUGAAGUGCGAGAGCAGUGUGUGGUCGCGAUCGUGAAAAGUGUGCAAAUCCCCCAGCAACCGGAAAGUGAGUUCCUGCGUGUUCCAUCCAUCACUAGCUAGCAGAGCAGCGCCUUUCGCCCCGGCGGUGUCCAUCUUACUUUCAUUGGCCAUCUUGCUGCCGUCUGGAUAUCGUCGCUAGCGCGCGGCCCAGAAUAAUUCAUCGCAGCUCCGCCGACCAACAAACAGACAAAAACUUCAGAAUGACUGAAACCACCGAAGCACCGGUCGCGGCACAGACCGCCGAAACCAAGACGCCGUCACCGUCGACCGAAACGGCGGUCGUGACGCCGGCAGAGAAUGGUCACGCCGAGGGAGACGCCAAGGGAGCCACAGUCGUCGCCACGGAAGCCACCGAAGAGCAGACCAACGGGGGCGCAACGGCCGACGAGAAGGCGAAGGCCGACGAGAAGAAGGAGGACCCACCGAAGGAGAUGCGCGCCGUCGUGCUGACCGGUUUCGGUGGCUUCAAGAACGUGAAGAUCCUGAAGAAGCCCGAACCGGCCCCGCAGGCCGGCGAGGUUCUGAUCCGCGUCAAAGCAUGUGGACUGAACUUCCAGGACUUGAUGGUCCGUCUCGGGGCAAUCGAUUCGCCGCCGAAAACUCCAACCAUUCUCGGAUUCGAGUGUGCCGGCGAGAUCGAAGCCGUCGGCGAGGAGGUCGAAGGAUUCAAGGUUGGAGACCGCGUGGUGGCGCUGCCGGAAUUCCGGGCCUGGUCGGAGCUGGUGGCCGUCCCGACCAAGUACGUCUACCACAUUCCGGAGGGGAUGACAUUCCAGGACGCGGCGGCCAUCGUGAUGAACUAUCUGGUCGCCUACAUUCUCAUCUUCGAUCUGGUCUCGUUGCGCGAGGGCAAGUCCCUGCUGCUUCACUCGGUCGGCGGUGGUGUGGGUCAAGCCAUCGUGCAGUUGGUGCGCACCGUGCCGAAUGUAACAAUUUUCGGUGUUUGCUCAAAGUCGAAACAUGAAACCCUGGCCGCCACCGGUUUGAUUGACCAUCUGAUCGAUCGCACGGACUAUGUCAACGAGGUCCGGAAAAUCACCACCGAAGGUGUCGACAUCGUGAUGGAUUGCCUGUGCGGCGAGGAGUGCAACCGUGGCUACGGAUUGCUGAAGCCGAUGGGAAAGUACAUCCUGUACGGCUCGUCGAACGUUGUCACCGGCGAAACGAAGAGCUUCUUCAGUGUGGCCCGUUCGUGGUGGCAGGUCGAUAAGGUUUCGCCGAUCAAGCUGUUCGAGGAGAACAAGAGUUUGGCCGGGUUCAAUCUGCGUCACCUGCUGUACCAGCAGGAUGGUUCCGAGUACGUUCGCUCGACGGUCGCCAAGAUCUUUGCACUGUGGGAGAAAGGCGAGAUCAAGCCGGUGGUCGAUUCGGCCUGGGCGCUGGAGGAUGUGGCGGAAGCCAUGCAGAAGAUGCACGACCGUAAGAACAUCGGCAAGCUGGUGCUGGAUCCGUCGCUGGAACCGAAACCGAAACCGGCCACCCCGGCCAAGAGCAAAUCGAAGAAGCAGGCCAGCGAAGACAAGGCCGGCAAGAAGGACAAGGAUGAUGAGAAGAAGGGCGCCGAAAAUGGUAGCGGUGAUGAGAAGAAGGACGAAGACGGUGCCGCCGAGGAGGCGAAGACGAACGGCGAGGAAGCGGCCGAGGUGAACGGCGAGGGAGGAGAUAAGAAGGAGGAACCGGCCGCCGCCACUAACGGGGAAGCCACGGAAAGUGAAAAAAAGGAAUCGAGUUGAACGGCCGACGAUGGCAGCAGCAGCAGCAGCAGCAAUAGCACGCAUUAGUUAGCGCUGCAAGCACAACUUCCCUGCAACAUUAUUGAACUAUUUUACUACAUUUUACUUUCACCGAUAAUGCUUUGAGAAGCAAAACGAUAAAAAAACGGACACACUCACACAAGAUACACACAUCGUAUCGACCUCUAAAAACGGAUACACGCAUCAUAUGUGGAGGGUGGAAAUGUGGAAAGCAGUGCCGUCGAAUCGUCUCCCAGCCUCUCACGGAGGGGAGUACGAAGCAGAACUAUAUUAUAAAUAUAUACAUAUAAAGGCAAAAAGCAUACAAAGUCAUAAACACACACAGCAACAGCAACUAUUACUAAUUACUACCGCAUCGCUAGCUACAGCUGCUACUUUACUACAAAAUACGCCAGAUAGAGAGAAACAUACAGGGCAGCGUUGAGAACACAUAAUCACAGUGGAGAGGUGUUGAAAUGGUAGCAAAAAAUGACGGACAACGGGUGAAAGGACCGAGAGAAUCGCGGAAAGGCUUUAGCAAAGCAAAGUUGAUAUUGCUGUGAGCAAUUCAGAACAUCACGCCACCACCGCGGGGGGACCGGAAGGGAGGCCCCGCUGGGCUCCGUAGAGAGAAGGUAGAAUGGAGAAGAAAACAAUCAAACAGAGGAUGGAAGUGUGUUAUCCCGCGGAGGAUGUCAAACAACUAAUUUUUCAAAUAUCCACUGGCACUAAAUCUACUCUCCCACAUUCGCACACCCACCGGGGGGUUGCGUGUGGGCGAGUGAUCUCAUGAUCUUCACACGGUCGGGCUCCGCAAUGAUCAUCACAUACAGAAGAGUCUAACUAUGUUCCAAUGGCUACUAGGUAUCGCGAAGAGCUACAAUCAUCAUCAAGAUUUCAACAGAUCCCUUCAUCGCAAACAUUUAUUAAUCCAAGCACCGCGGUGCACACGGUGUCAGAGCAUAUUACUCGACACGUAAGCAGCAUUAUCAUUCUUUGCCUCUCCAACACGGAUCGGAUCGUAUCGACACACGAAAGCAUCUUGUACCAUCUCCCGCACGGCACGGACAGGAUAUGCGCCAAGAAGUAGCAGUAGAGGAAACGGAGAAAGUGCGGCAGUCAGUGGACGGGAUAAUUCUUCCUUUUUUUAAUAUGUGUCAUUUUUAUGUAAUAUUUAAAUACUAAUUGUAAUAUUUCUCCAUUUUUUUGUGUCCACAAUUACUCCCCCUUUUCGAGAUGAAAUUUUUUAGGUAAAUAUGAUGGCGCAAAACCAGGGUUUAAUCGAUCAAAGUGAGCUUUGUUUUUCUGUGCGCCCAAAGCGCCGCCGCGUACGUUGCCCGAUGUUCGGAUCAGCGGAUCCACCGCGGAAACAUAGGCGUUUGUGACGACCGGAAGAAUUUAUUAUGUUUUACGUAUGGUUUCGUUUCUUUUAUGUGUAAUUACGUAUGGACUUGAACCGCAAAACGGUGUGCAGGGAAAACGGGAACUCGAAGGAACGCACUUGAUAUACAAACGAUUAGCCCCUCGCCCGUUCCAGAGAUUAUGUGGUUUUGUUUCUAGUUUUUCGUUUGUCACCCCUUUUCAUCCAGCCCGCGCGCAAAGAGCGUUCAAAAGCAAAAUUAGUUCAAGCAGCGUAUGUGUCUCAAGGGCAACACGGUCUUUCACCGAUUUGUGUAAAUUAAUGAAAAAUAUAUAAUUAUUUUACAUUUAACGAGCCAUGUUUUGCGCAAAACGAAUCAUAAAUCGAUAAUAAUUGUAAA